AUGGUGACGUCUCGGGCGCCGCAGCUGAGCCGCAUGCAGGCGCUCGGCCGCCAGCCGCCGGUGAAGGAGCAGCUGGACGUCGCAAUCGACCCGGCCGCGCGCAUCUUCGAGGGGCUGGGGCCGUGCGCGAUCAACUGCGAGUUCAACCGGCCUCUCACCCUCAUUCCGGUGCGCGUGGAGCGCGGGAGCAGCACGCUCGGCGACGCGGUCACCGCCGCGAAGGAGUACUUGGAGAGAGUGAAGGGCGACGCCAACGAAACGACGCAAACGGAGUCGGGAAUCCCCCGGGUCGAGCUCAUCCGCCGCAUACGGGAGAAGAAGGCGCAGCUCGGCAAGCGCAUCGAGGAGGAGAUGCGCGCCCGCGGACAGAUGCAAACCGAGAUCGCGGCGCGGAAAGCGGAGUUCCUGAAACGGUUAGACGACAUGCAGCGGGCGACGCGCGCGCGGCUGCAGCGGGAGGACAGCUCCGGGCAGGCGCUGAUCGACAUCGCGGCCGCGGACGAGCAGCGCGUCGCGGAGACGCCGGACGGCAAAGCCCGCUACCGGGUGGCGCGGGGGCCACUGCGCGAGUCGCAGCGCGGGGGGCGCGCGUCGUACAUGGGCGAGGAGGAGGUGUAUUCGGAGCCCUCGCUCAGCGGGCUGUCGGACAGCGCGCUCACGGAGAGUCAGCUACUCAAGCGCAAGUUGCAAGAGCACGAGGAGGCCAACCGGGCGCUGCGGGAGGAGCUUGCGGAGCUGCUGGACCCGGAGGAGCGCGAGCUGGAGACGGCGCGCUCCAAGGGCGUGAAGUUCGAUUUUGAUGCGCGGCGACGCAAGCUGCAGGGCGCCCGGAGCGGCCCGCGGGCGGUGAUGACGGCGUUCCGGCGGAACCUGGACCGCAUCAGGGAGGUCGCGAGGGGCCUCGGCCCGAUCCCGAAGCCGUGCGGGUGCCCGCACGCGGACAUGGAGCCUCUCGACGCGCGCUGGCCGGAGGCGUGCGCGGUGAACUGCUACUUGCACGACAACGCAGCGGAGUGGGAACGCCUGAUGACGCGGACGCUCGCCGCCAAGGGCGUGGACGUCAAGAACCUCCCCGGCGGCACGAUGUAG